AAUGACUGAGAAAUAUAAACAGAUGAACCUUAUGUAAAGUGUUCUUGCUUCAAACAGGUUAGCUAAAUGAAAAAAAGAAAAAAAAGAUAUAAAAACCUUUUUCUAAAACUACAGCUGUAAGUUGUGAAACCUUUAGUUCAGCUCCUAGGAGGAUCCUCCACAAUUUCAACAUCUCUGCACAUCUCACAGAGUUAGAAAAGUAACAUCUGACAACCCAUUUUUAGAAAAUAGAGAACUGCUCCUUGAUUGCUUUUAAAUGAAAACAGAUUUGUUUGCUAGAAGUUUUCAAACUGAUACAUCCUCCUUCAUGCAGGAGGUGGUUUUGACCAUCUUCCCGUGACUGACAAAUCAGUUUAGCGUUGUUCUUGAUGUAAUGAUCCAAGCCAUCACUUGCACCGUAAGGUACAUGGACUGUGCACUACUUUCAUUCCUGACCUACCUAAAACCAGCACGCUUCCAUGGCCUACGCCUGACCCAGACUCUGUAAGGAACACGACGUUUGCCACUUUACCCAGACAAACGCAGCCAACUUACUGAUAGCAAUACCCAGGACAGCGGUUCCACCAGACCAACACACCAUGGAAAACCAUACUGUGGACUUAGCUGACUUGCCACUGACAACAGAGUUCGACUACGGCGAUGCGGUACCAUGCAUGGGAACUGAGGAAAAGCACUUUGCAGCAACAAUUUUGCCACCGCUUUAUUCUUUGGUGGUGAUAUUUGGCCUCACAGGCAACCUGCUUGUUGUCCUUAUCCUGGUAAAAUACAAGAGACUGAAGAGUAUGACUGACAUCUACCUGCUCAAUCUGGCAAUUUCUGAUUUGACGUUUAUAUUUUCUCUCCCUUUUUGGGCUUAUUACGCUGUUCAUGACUGGAUUUUUGGGGAGGUGCUGUGUAGAAUGCUCUCAGGUGUUUACCUCCUUGGCUUCUACAGUGGUAUCUUCUUCAUAAUCCUGUUGACCCUAGACAGGUAUCUGGCCAUAGUGCAUGCAGUGUUUGCUUUAAAAGCUAGGACGGUUACCAAUGGCAUCCUCGCCAGCGUUGUCACUUGGGCCGUUGCUAUUUGUGCUUCUGUUCCUGGAAUAGUAUUUCACAAAACUCAAAAGGAAAAUUCACGUUACACUUGCAGUGCUCAUUAUCCAUCAGAGCAGAGAAAUGCAUGGAAGCAAUUCCUGACCUUAAAAAUGAACAUCCUGGGACUUGUUAUUCCAAUGUUAAUUAUGAUCUGCAGCUACGCACAAAUUAUAAAGACAUUACUGCAAUGUAAGAAUGAGAAGAAACAUAAAGCAGUCAGGCUUAUUUUUGUCAUCAUGAUUGUCUACUUUUUUUUCUGGGCACCAUACAACAUUUGCAUUCUCUUGCGUGAUUUUCAAGGUAUAUUUUCCGUCACUACUUGUGAAGGCAGUGGUCAACUGCACAAAGCAACCCAAGUGACAGAAACAAUAUCAAUGAUCCACUGUUGUAUCAACCCUGUGAUCUAUGCAUUUGUUGGAGAAAAAUUUAGGAAGUAUCUUCGUAGCUUUUUCCGAAAGCAGAUUGCACUCCACUUCUCUAAAUACUGUCCUGUUUUCUAUGUUGACACAGCUGAACGGGCUAGCUCCACCUACACACAGUCUACUGGAGAACAAGAAGUUUCUGCUGCAUUAACAGCCCAGAAGAAUGAAAAAGGAAGGGAAAUUCCUCUUCGUAACAGGUUGCUAUGAUGCUGAAGGAGCAGGCAGGACAAAAUCAGGGUUUUACAAGUGGACUAAGAACCAGCAUCAUCAAAUAACACAGGACCAUCAAGUGUUCUUAACUGUUGCCACUAAUAAUCUAAUAAUAAAUAUGCUGUUUUGGUUGUCA